AACAAGAACAGAAAGGGCACACGGUGAGACAAGCCGUCGGUGGCACAACUGCCUCACCGAACCAGGAUGGCACUUCCUACAGGCAGGCGUGGGUAGCAGUUGGAGCCGGCAACAGACAUGUGGCUCUUCCUUGGGAUCGCUGGAUUGCUGACAGCAGUUCUCUCAGGUCUCCCAACUCCAGCCCCCUCUGACCAGCACAGAAAUGGCAGCAUCCCAAAUAUGUCCUCGGACCCAGAGGAGCAGCUGGGGAUUCGCCUGGUGAACGGGAGCAGUCGCUGCAGUGGAUUUGUGCAGGUUCUACUAGAGUCCUGGGAGCCUGUGUGUGCAGGGCACUGGAACCAGGCUGCUACAGGGGCUGCGUGCAACGCGCUGGGCUGUGGCGAUUUGGGAAACUUUACCCACCUGGCGCCACCCACCUCUGAGCGUCCACCAGGAGCCACUUCCCGGAACACUAGCAGCUCCAGGAAUACGACAUGGGCGGGGGCACCAACUGUGAGAUGCCGCGGAGCCAAUUGGCAGCUCUGCAAGGUGGAGGACCACGAGUGCAGCAGCGACAGGCGGCUGGUGUGGGUCACCUGUGCAGAGAACCAGGCUGUGCGGUUAGUGGAUGGUGGCAGUCGCUGCGCUGGCCGCGUGGAGAUGCUGCAGCAUGGUGAAUGGGGAACAGUGUGCGAUGACACGUGGGACCUGGAUGAUGCAAACGUAGUGUGUAAGCAACUGAAGUGUGGCUGGGCAGUGAAGGCACUGGCCGGCUUGCACUUCACCCCAGGCCAAGGACCCAUCCACCGUGACCAAGUGAACUGCUCUGGGACCGAGGCCUACCUGUGGGACUGCCCGGGGCGGCCAGGAGACCAGUACUGCGGUCACAAGGAGGAUGCAGGAGUGGUGUGCUCAGAGCACCAGUCCUGGCGCCUGACUGGAGGUGUUGACUCCUGCGAAGGGCAAGUGGAAGUGUACUUCCGGGGUGUCUGGAGCACCGUGUGUGACAGCGAAUGGUACCCAUCCGAGGCCAAAGUGCUCUGUCAGUCCUUGGGUUGUGGAUCAGAAGUGGACCGGCCCAAGGGGCUGCCACACUCCCUGGCAGGCAGAAUGUACUACUCCUGUAAAGGGGAGGAGCUCACCCUCAGCACCUGCUCCUGGCGGUUCAACAAUUCCAACUUGUGCAGUCAGUCGCUGGCCGCAAGGGUUGUCUGCUCAGGCUCCCAGAGACAUCCCAAUCUGUCGACUUCUGAAGUGCCUUCCAGAGUUCCGGUCACCAUAGAAUCUUCUGUGCCUGUGAGCGUGAAGGAUAAGGACUCUCAAAGUUUGACACUUCUCAUUCCCUGCAUUGUCCUGGGAAUUCUCCUUCUUGUCUCCCUCAUCUUCAUAGUUUUUCUUCUCUUGAAAGCCAAAGGACAAUAUGCCCUCCCUACUUCAGUGAACCACCAGCAACUGUCCACUGCCAAUCCAGCAGGGAUCAACAACUACCAUCCUGUCCCUAUCACCAUUGCCAAAGAAGAUUCCCAGAGGCACCGGGUCACAGAGGAAGAAGCCCAACAGAACAGGUUCCGGAUGCCACCCUUGGAGGAAGGACUUGAAGAGUUGCACGUUUCUAACAUCCCAGCUGCUGACCCCAGACCCUGUGUGGCGAAUGCCACCUCUCUGGGCUCUCAGUACCACACGAGGAACAACAGUGACUCCAGCACAUCCUCUGGGGAGGGUUACUGCAAUGAUCCCAGCAGCAAGCCACCUCCAUGGAACUCCCAGGUGUUUUCCGAGAAGAGUCCCCUCACAGAGCAGCCCCCCAACUUGGAACUGGCUGGCUCUCAGGCAGUGUUUUCAGGUAACUGUGUGUCCUUCCAUGCUCCCAACCGGUCCAACCUACCCAGAAGAGGCACAGAUUCAAACCCUGAGCUGCUGGCUAUGUGACCUCGGACAAGUCUCCUCCCCUCUCUGGGCCUUCAUUUCCUCAUUCGUCCAGUUUCAGGCUUGGCUCUCCUGA